CGCGACACACGCUCAGUUGUCGUUCAGCAGUCGCGCUGACAGCUUGAAAUAGAGUGUCCAAAACUAAUUAGCUCGAAAGCCAAAUAAACUAAAUCUAAUUCAUUAAAUAAUUUUAUCUCUCUUCCCGCUGCUUCAAAAUGAGGGUUAAUUCAGCAUUGAUUCUGUUAGGCGCCGCAGUGCUUGGCCUAGCAGCUGCCACCGAUGUCAAGCCAUGCCCGAAAUCCAAAGCGCGUGCUCUGGGCCCCGAUGAGGUAACCAUAUCGAACUGCCCCAAGAACAAGUGCAUAUUGAAGCGCAACUCAGAGGCCAGCAUCACGAUGAAGAUCAAGCCGGAUCGUGACUUUGCCGAGCUCACCUCCGACAUACAGGGCAUCAUAUUGGAUGUGCCGCUGCCGUUCCCCGGCUACUAUGGCACCAGCGCCUGUCCGCACAUCUACGAUGCUGCUGGCGAGAACAAGGUCGGCUGUCCGCUGAAGGCCGGCGAGACGUAUACGUACAAGAACAGCUUUAAGAUACUGCCCGUCUAUCCGACGGUCAGUCUGGAAAUCCAUUGGGGACUGGGCGACAAAGAGGGCGACGCCGCCUGCUUCCAGAUACCCGCCAAAAUCAAGGCCUAGACGGCAAUCAGAAUGCUUUGCAUUGUAGCUCAUAAGUUUUAUUUGUUACUAUUAAAACAUUUUGUAUGUAUAGAUUAUAGUUACUUUCGGUUAAGUACAAUUUAAUUUGAUUAUGAAUUUCAA